CGCUUGGUCGUCCGUUGCAAUACAACACACUGUGCGGAUCGCAGAUCUGAAAUAUUACACCCAAACACUUGUGAUAGACUCAUAUAUAUAAUCACACUCUCUGUUGCUGUGAUCGCAGAUCUGCUCUAUUUCUCUCUCUAUACACACACUAUAUAUAUAUACACACACACACACUAUACACACAUCUGCAAAAUUGAGACUUUGUUUUUCCUCUCCGCACGGAGGAUUUGAGAAGAUUGGGAUUGAAUUUCUGAAUCGGACUGUUUCAGAGUGUGAUUGUAAAACAAGGGUGGCACUAUGGAGAAAUCCUGCUCGCUUUUGAUUCACUUUGACAAAGGGACACCUGCUCUUGCGAAUGAGAUCAAGGAAGCUCUUGAAGGGAACGAUGUUCCUGCAAAGGUGGAUGCCAUGAAAAAAGCAAUUAUGCUUUUGUUGAAUGGUGAAACCCUGCCUCAGCUUUUCAUAACAAUUGUUAGAUAUGUGUUACCAUCUGAAGACCACACGAUUCAGAAACUAUUGCUUCUUUAUUUGGAGAUCAUUGAGAAAACCGAUGCCAAAGGUCGGGUUUUACCUGAAAUGAUUUUGAUAUGUCAAAAUUUGAGGAACAAUCUUCAGCAUCCGAAUGAGUACAUUCGGGGGGUAACGCUACGAUUUCUUUGUCGUUUGAAUGAGGUGGAGAUUAUUGAGCCUUUGAUUCCUUCCGUUUUGGCAAAUUUGGAGCAUCGGCACCCGUUUAUUAGGCGGAAUGCGAUUCUUGCUGUGAUGGCAAUUUACAAGCUUCCACAUGGUGAGCAACUUUUGGUUGAUGCACCAGAGAUGAUUGAGAAGGUUCUUUCAACAGAGCAGGAUCAGUCCGCCAGGAGGAAUGCAUUUCUUAUGCUUUUUACUUGUGCCCAGGAUCGCGCCAUUAAUUACCUUUUGACUCAUGUUGAUAAAGUACCAGACUGGGGAGAAUUGCUUCAGAUGGUUGUGUUGGAGUUGAUCCGAAAAGUAUGUAGAGCAAAUAAGGGUGAGAAAGGGAAAUACAUAAAGAUCAUUAUAUCUCUACUGAAUGCCCCUUCAUCUGCUGUUAUUUAUGAAUGUGCCAGCACUCUUGUUUCAUUGUCUUCUGCCCCUACAGCUAUUAGAGCUGCUGCCAAUACUUAUUGUCAGCUUAUUCUCUCUCAGAGUGACAACAAUGUUAAACUUAUUGUGCUUGAUCGGCUGAAUGAACUCAAAUCCUCUCAUAGAGAGAUUAUGGUUGAUUUGAUUAUGGACGUUCUUAGGGCACUCUCAAGCCCGAAUCUUGACAUUCGGAGGAAAACAAUUGAUAUUGUUCUUGAGUUGAUCACCCCUCGUAACAUCAAUGAGGUUGUUCUCACUUUGAAGAAGGAAGUUGUUAAGACUCAGAGCGGGGAGCUUGAGAAGAAUGGAGAAUACCGGCAAAUGCUUAUUCAAGCCAUUCAUUCUUGUGCAAUCAAGUUCCCAGAAGUGGCAAGCACAGUGGUUCAUCUAUUGAUGGAUUUCCUGGGCGACAGCAAUGUUGCUUCAGCUAUGGAUGUGGUGGUUUUUGUGAGAGAGAUAAUUGAAACCAACCCAAAAUUAAGGGUUUCUAUUAUUACCAGGCUACUGGACACUUUCUACCAGAUCCGAGCAGCACGGGUGUGUUCCUGUGCACUUUGGAUUGUUGGAGAGUACUGCCUAUCUCUUUCUGAAGUUGACAGUGGUAUUGCAACCAUUAAGCAGUGCCUCGGAGACCUACCAUUUUACUCGGUAUCAGAAGAAGGGGAACCUACUGAUUCUUCACAAAAGUCUAAUCAAGUAAACUCCAUAACAGUUUCAUCUAGAAGACCAGCUAUCCUUGCUGAUGGGACUUAUGCUACACAGAGUGCUGCCUCUGAAACUGCUUUCUCGCCCCCUGCUAUUGUUCAAGGAUCCUUGGCUUCUGGAAAUCUGAGAUCCCUUCUUCUCACUGGUGACUUUUUCCUUGGGGCAGUUGUGGCCUGCACGCUGACAAAGCUUGUUCUGAGAUUGGAAGAGGUUCAAUCAUCAAAAGUUGACGUGUACAAAGCCUCCACUCAAGCAUUAUUGAUCAUGGUCUCAAUGCUACAGUUAGGGCAAUCUUCAUUUCUUCCGCACCCAAUUGAUAAUGAUUCUUAUGAUAGGAUUGUUCUCUGCAUAAGAUUGCUUUGCAACACUGGGGAUGAGAUCAGGAAGAUAUGGCUGCAGUCCUGCCGUGAAAGUUUUGUUAAAAUGCUUUCAGAUAAACAGUUCAGAGAAACAGAGGAAAUUAAAGCGAAGGCUCAGAUUUGUCAUGCACAACCAGAUGACCUUAUUGACUUUUACCAUUUGAAGAGCAGGAGGGGUAUGAGCCAGCUGGAGUUGGAAGAUGAGGUCCAAGAUGAUUUGAAACGUGCUACUGGGGAAUUCAUCAAGGAUGGAGAUGACGCAAAUAAGCUAAAUCGUAUUCUGCAGCUCACUGGAUUUAGCGAUCCAGUUUAUGCCGAAGCUUAUGUGACAGUCCACCAUUACGAUAUUGUCCUUGAUGUUACGGUUAUUAAUCGAACCAAGGAGACCCUCCAGAAUUUGUGCUUGGAGUUGGCAACUAUGGGCGAUCUUAAACUAGUUGAUCGUCCACAGAACUAUACUUUAGCUCCUGAAUCAAGCAAGCAGAUAAAGGCCAAUAUUAAGGUGUCCUCAACUGAGACUGGAGUCAUAUUUGGGAACAUUGUUUAUGAGACAUCAAAUGUACUUGAGCGGACAGUUGUUGUCCUCAAUGACAUCCACAUUGACAUUAUGGACUACAUCUCUCCUGCUGUGUGUAGUGAUGUGGCUUUCAGGACCAUGUGGGCAGAGUUUGAGUGGGAAAACAAGGUUGCUGUCAACACUGUAAUUCAAGAUGAGAAGGAAUUUCUUGAUCACAUUAUCAAAUCAACCAACAUGAAGUGCCUUACUGCUCCAUCCGCGCUGGAUGGCGAGUGUGGAUUCCUGGCUGCUAAUUUGUAUGCGAAGAGUGUGUUUGGGGAGGAUGCUUUGGUAAAUCUGAGCAUUGAGAAACAAGCAGAUGCUAAGCUGAGUGGGUAUAUUAGGAUAAGGAGCAAGACUCAAGGAAUUGCUCUUAGUUUGGGCGACAAGAUUACACUCAAGCAGAAGGGUGGCAGCUGAGAUUGGUCAUCAUUUGCACAUUAGAUUUGUUGUCAGUCAUCAUUCUGGAGAAGAGGAGACACUAAAAGACGGGAAAGAGAGAAUUCAUUCAUUUUCCUCUCUCAUACGAGCGAAGGAAAAGCCCAAUGUAUGUUUUAGAAGUUUUUGUUUUAUUGUGGUAAAAUGUUUUGCCUGAACUACAUCCCUUCAGUUUGCACUGCUUCCCUACCAAACUGGUUGCAAGGUCAUCCGUCGAGAUGCAUUUUUUAUGAGAGCGAAAAAAGGACAAGACUUGUCAUUGUUCCUUGGAACUAUGAAUUUGUAGGUUUUUGCAGAUUAUAGUCAGACUGUUAUAUGAUGUUCCCUUCACACUUUUGGGAGAAUUAUGUGCAAAUUGGAGGUUCACAUGUAGCAUUAUCUUGAUUUCUGGUUGUGCUAUUCUAAAACAAAGAAUUUAUCAUUGAUUUUUUUUUUUUCGCAGAAAA